AUGGAUCACAGUCGGCUUCCGGUGCCGUUGUUGAUGUUACCGGAGGGGAUAUUCUGUUGGAGGAUGCACUGCAACACCACCAUUGAUAUCACCGGCGAAUCAAGAAAGAAACAAAAAAAUCAAAAUCGAAACCCCCUUCCCCUCUUUUUCUAUACUUUCUCUCUCACAAACUCAAUCACCACCACCAGCGGAUCAAGACAUCUACUAGUUGCAACCAACGUUCUGGCUUUCGGUGCCGCUGUUGAUGUUGCCUUAGGGGAUAUUUGUUGGAGGACGCACUAUAUUCUGCUGCAAACUGUGAAGCCGGUGUCAGAGCCCAUUCUUCUUUAG